CGUGGUAGAACCAAAAUGAGUCGGCUCGGACGGCCCGGAAGUGGCUUAACGAAAACUCAGCACCUUCGUGAAGCAAAGACGAGUGCUUUGUUAAGAGAACUGAAACAGAAAGAAACAGUAGCAAGAGGUCAGCAGCAAGAUGUAUUUAAGGCUCGAAAGAGAGUAUUGCGUGAACCAAAGAAGGUGGACUUUCAAAGGCCGGGAAUGACUAAAGCAAUGAUUGCCAGAAUGCAGGCAGCAGAAAAAGUCAAGCAGGAAUACGAGCGUAAAAAGCAUGAAGAAAUGAUCGGUGAACGAAUACCAAGAAGAACACCCGCUCCAGUAGGAGGUGAUUCCAGGAUCGGUAGAGAAAGGCUUCCGCAUGCAAGAAAAUCUCUACCUAUGGCUGCAGCUUCAUCGAGGGGUGCAAUCCCACGAUCAAGAUCAAGACCACCUGACGAGACUGUACCUAGACAAACUACUGAAUUAGCUAGAAUGAUGAACGCUGAUGUAAUCAGUGCUGAACCAGUUGGGCAAGGACCAAUCAGCAAUAUUGUAAUACCUCCUGGAACAGUAAACGAGAAUCGCACUACCAUUAUUAGCGUACCACAACCUGCAGACAUUGAUCCAAAAGAAACAUCGCAAAUUGCAAAUCGCUCUAUUCAAGUGAUCAGUGAUGCUCUCGAUGAGCAAGAUGCUACAGAAGCUGAAGCAGUGCAAAUUAAAUUAGAAGAUUUACAACAAGCUAGACGAGAUUUUGUUAUGACAGUAGCAAACGUUUCUGUUAACAUUGCGGAUGAAACUCCACCUGAGUUUGGUUCUUUUGUGGAAUACACACCUCCUCCUCCUCCUCCUCCUCCUAGACAAAUAAUAAGAGUUCCUGAUGUGGAGAGUGAAAUGUUUCAACCUGAACAUGGAAUCGAUCAUCCAAAUAUUGUUGCAGCUCGUGAAUUUCUGCGAAAAGCUAAAGAAGCUAUGGCAGCAAGAGUAGCAGACAGAAAAUUAGAAGAAGAAUUUGAAAGAAUAGCAGAAGAAGUUUCAGAUGACUUACACUUAAAUGUUCCUUUUGAAGAAGAACUUUAUGUAGAUAAAGAUAUAUCUUGGGAGGAAGACGAAAAAUUAGGCACAGCCAUACCUGUUCAAUCCAGAGUUAAAGCUCAUGCAUCUCCUAUUCCACAGCAGCAACAAACCUACAAACAUAAAACGUUUGAUCCAGAGGAAUUAGAGAGGUUCUUUGAUGUUGAACGUUAUCCUCCAUGUCCAGUAUGUGGACCACCUCCGGGUAGAGCGAUGCUGCCUUCAGAUUUAUGGGAGUUAGAGGAUCCAUGGUAUAAACCAAUGCCAGAACCUGAUGUACCUGACUUAAUAGAAUUUGAUUUAAUUGAUUUUUGAACGAAAUCUGACCUAUUUAAUACUAGGCAAAUAAAUAGAACCAUCCAUAUAAUAGAUUCAAAGUUAACAGAGGGGAAAUUUAAAAUAUUAGUAAUAAAUUCUUUGCUACCUACACUUUUGUUUAUUAAUUAUUGAUAUUCAAUUAAUUUGUUUUUAAACGGAAUUGAUGAUCCAUAAUUGCAUAAUGUAAAUAAGAACAACUAAGAAAUAAAAGAGAAUAUUUAAACAUU